AUGCCUCGUCGUCCACAAGAAGGCGGGGACCUUUGUGCCAUUUUCAUCCACGCUGGUGCCGGCUUCCACAGUCUACAAAAUGAGAAAAAUCACCUCACCGCUGUCAACGAUGCCGCCAAGGUUGGAAUGGCCGUCUUGAAGAAUGGAGGUGACGCCACCGACGCUGUGGAGAUGGCCAUCCGACUGCUGGAGGACAAGGAGAUCACCAAUGCCGGCUAUGGGAGCAACUUGACUAUAGAUGGGCUGGUUGAGUGUGAUGCCACACUCGUCGAUCACCUUGGCCGCAGUGGUGCAGUCGGUGCAAUCUCCCAAGUCAAAAACCCAAUCGCUGUCGCUCGUCUUGUUCUUGAAGAAUCCACAAAACCUCUGUCACUCCAACGCGUCCCUCCAAACCUGCUGGUCGGCGCUGGUGCAACCGACUAUGCUGCCGACAAAGGUAUUCCCAUUCUCCCUCCGGAUUUUUUGGUCUCGGCAAAUGCCCGUGAGCGAUGGACAAAGUGGCGGGAUGAUCUUGCAGAUGUGGCCCUAAAGGAGGCAAAGAAGCAUGAUCAGACGCAGCCAUCGCCAUCGAAUGAAUCACAGGAUGACUGGGCCCAUGUUCCAACACCAACCGCAACUCCCAUUAGCCCUGUGGUGACUCCUUCCACCCCUGAAAAUCACGUCAGUCUGUCACAAUUGCCUCCUAUGGUCCGUCCAUUGAUAGCCUCAACGGCCGAUGUGCCUACGUUAUCCCAUCCAGGGGAAGACAGGAACUCGGAAUGUCAUUCUUCUGUCCCCGCUUCUCAGUCUAACAGCCAAAACAACUUGCCAGACGGACACGCAUCUUAUGAUCACCUUGAGUCUGCCACCGACGAUAGCCUCCAAUGGUUAAUGUCGGCCCCCAAACGGCAGAAGCUAAGUGAUUCUAUGGACGGUCUGUCCGGUGAGGAGUCCAAUCUUGCCAUCCAGCAUAGAUCGGUGCCGACUACGCCACAACUCGCUCACGUUGGCGACCGCCGGGAAGAUGACAUAAGUGACACAGUCGGCGCGAUUGCAGUCGAUUGCUUUGGGCGGAUAGCCGCCGGGUCAUCUUCUGGGGGCAUCGGGAUGAAACACAAGGGGCGAUGUGGCCCAGCUGCUCUUGUUGGAAUCGGCACUGCGGUGAUUCCUGCUGAUCCACGAGAUCCCACCCAAACUUGCGUAGCCACAGUCACCAGUGGGACGGGGGAGCAUAUGGCCACGACAACGGCCGCAGCCACGGCUGCUGAUCGGAUCUACAGCUCGGUUCGCAAAGAGCGAGGAAAGCUCGAGUCGUGCAAUGAAGACGAAGCCAUGCACUCGGUCAUCAAGAAUGACUUUAUGACACAUCCUGCUGUGAGUAACAGCCAUUGUGUUGGCGCCAUUGGUAUUCUGGCUGUCAAAAAAUGCCGCGACGGGAUCUACUUUUAUUUUGGGCACAAUACGGACUCGUUCGCCCUCGCCUCGAUGCAUUCGGAGGAAAAGAAGCCGGUAUGCACCAUGUCACGAAGCCGAGGUCACGGCUCGAUCGCGCAAGGAGGAAGGGUCUCCAAAUCAAGACACAGCCGGACGCGGUGA